UGCUCCAUACAGCACAUUAAUCUAGUCGCAGGGAUCUGGACUUUGGAAAUACACAGUACUUUUGACUCGAGUGGCGCGGCUGCAUUUCGGCGUUUUCAUCCAUUUGUGUGGACUUAUUUUCGCUUUGCUCGCAAACCGUAAGGAAACAUCAUGCUUCUCCUCUUACUGGGAAUCGUCGUCGUGCAUGUGGCAGCACUGGUUCUGCUCUUCGUGUCAACUAUAGUCAGUGCAUGGGCUGUUAACCCCAACAGCAGUUCAGACCUCUGGACAAACUGCACCACAUUGAAUGGAUUGUCCAGAUGUGACCCUGCUGACACUGGAGUUUGGAUCCAGGCAGUCCAAGCCCUCAUGAUCCUGUCAAUCAUCUUCAGCAUCCUGUCUCUCUUACUGUUCUUCUGCCAGCUCUUUACUCUUCAGAAGGGUGGACGUUUUUUCCUCACUGGAGCAUUCCAGAUCUUUGCUAGUCUUUUCAUUAUGUGUGGAGCUAUCAUUUAUACGGUAAUGAACUCCGAAUGGGUCCCUGAGACAGAGUCCUACGGCUUUUCCUACAUCCUGGCCUGGGUAGCCUUCCCUCUGGUGCUCAUAAGCGGCUUAAUCUACGUCAUCUUGAGAAAACGAGAGUGAGGUGGCACCACCCUCUUGUGGGCGCCACCUGGAGAUACAGCUUUGAAGCCAAAGUAUCGCACUGCAUCCACAGAGAAGUGAAAUCACGCAGUAUCUUCACCCAGGGGGUCAGUCAAAAUCAACCCCACUGCCACCCCGAAAAGACAUAUUCAAUACUGUCAUCAUUUGAAGAUGUGUAUAUAGUAUCUUUGGUUUAAAACCUAUUUAUAACACUUUUUACAUGUAUGUACAUAGUAUUUUAUGUUUGCUCUGUUGACAAAGAACCUCUGAAGAGCUUUUUUCUUUUAGCUAAUUAAGUGCCUAGAGUGUAUGUUUGUCGCAGAAAAGUGCAUCAUUAGCCAUAAUGUAUGUCUGUGUCAAGUUGUCUUUCCUUAUAAGGCCAAAAAUACUGCUAAAAAGGUUUUGAUGUAUUUUAACCAACGUGCAUGUAUUACAUUAUAGGGACAAUGAAAGGAAGUGUUUUUAAUGAAGCUGCAUUGAGAAUUCAUAGAUGAAGUAACUUAAACACCAUAGUUAGAUCGGCAGUUUUUAAAGUUUUUUUUUUCUUCUUAAUUUCCAACAAAAAUGGUGCUAUGUAUUUACCAUUCCUUUAACUAAUAGCCAUUUCGAUUUUAUUUAGAAGGACAUAACAUGACAGAAAGCCAAAAUUAGAACGCCAUUGAAUAUUUUGUGCUUGUGCCUAUAACACAAUGCUGUAUAUACAGUACUCGCCAAAAACGGUUCAUUUUAUAAUAAAACAAACAAAAUGUGUUCUGAGUAACGUGGUUAUUAGUUUAGAUUUGGGAGAUUGUAAUGGAGGAAUUGUAGUAAAAACAGAGACUAGCAACUAUUGAUUUUACUUGGAUUUUUAAAGUUACUUUUAAGAGCAGUAUUAGCAGAAAGCAGUAAUUCUUUCACUCAGUUUAAUAGAUGUCGCUUAUAUGUUGUAUUUAAAUCCAAAUCUGCAUAUUCAAAUCAAACAAGCAUUAAAAAAAUAUAAUACACAUGAAAUAAUGGCAUAGCUUUUUUCAAGUGUCAAAAUUACAGCUUACAAUCCUCUAUAUACACAAUAUAUCAAGAAAAGCAUAUCUAAAAGCAUCUAAAGUGGCAGUUUUGUGAUGGUGGUGGUGGACACAUCAUAACACCUGCAUGCAUGGAAACAUUUUUCAAUACUUGAAAUAUAACAUGCUGCAAUGUAUACCAUUUGGAUAUGCUCUGUUUCCACUUACAGUAAUUCACAGUGUACUGUAAUAGCAUGUGAUUGCAUUAAAAAAUAAUCGUAUUACUUAAAGGCCCUAUUCUGAGGACCAUGUAUUAGAUUUAUACUCCUGCAACACCAAAAACAAUAAAUUAUGUUUUGUUAUGAUGAACUGAAUAUGUUGCCCGUUUUCAUGGUUGUAAUGGCCUGAUGAAUGUCAUGACUAAAUCCCCUUCUGCUAUUUUUUUUUUUGUGACUGAACAAACAACUUGACGCACAGCAGAAUAAUUUAUUUUACCUGCAAUAAAAGAGAUUGAUACUUCUUCCUUCUUGAGUGUAAAGGGAUUUCUGUACGUAUCGCUAUAUUUUUUAUGCCCUUAAAAAUAUCAAUAUAUAAUCAAUAUGUGGUCUGUUCUGACA